GCCAUUAUAAAAGCAGCUAAAGUUAGUUAAAGCAAUAUCUAUGCAUCAUAAGCUUCCUUUUCUUUCCUUAGUGUUCAAUGGAGAUUUUUUACUCAUCCUCUCUUUCCAAUUACUUAGUUUCAUUGCUUCUCUUUUUGUCCUCCCUUGUUAUUCUAGUUAGACAAUGGAGUCGAAACAGAAAACAAAGGUUGCCACCAGGUCCAUGGAGAUUUCCCAUUAUUGGAAGUUUGCAUCACUUGAUGGGAAGAGAAGUUCCACAUCGCACUCUUAGAAGUUUAGCACAAAAAUAUGGACCUCUUAUGUACUUGCAACUUGGGCAAGCUCCUACUGUAAUCAUAUCAUCACCUAGUAUGGCUAAACAAGUUCUAAAAACUCACGAUCUCGCCUUUGCUAAUAGGGCACAACUUACAUCCUCAAACAUCAUAUUUUACAACAAUAAAGACAUCGUAUUUAGCCAAUAUAGUGACUACUGGAGACAAAUGCGUAAAAUUUGCAUUCUAGAACUCCUAAGUACGAAGAUGGUCAAGUCAUUUAGUGCAAUUCGACAAGAUGAGCUUUCAAGCCUCAUCUCAUCAAUUCGUUCAAUGAGGGGUUCUCCAGUCAACUUAACAGAAAAAAUAUUUCAGUUAACCAACUCUAUUACUGGUAGAGCAGCCUUCGGUAAUGUAUUCAAAGAUCGACACGAGUUUAUGAAAUUGAUGAAGGAAGUACUCGAAUUAGCAGGAGGAUUUGAUGUGGCUGAUUUGUUUCCUUCUUGGAAGUUACUUCACAAAAUGAGCGGUGUGAAAUCUAGAUUGGUGAAUGCACAUCGUAAGGUUGAUGAAAUCAUGGAGGACAUCUUAAAUGAGCAUAUUGAAAAUAAAGCAGCUGGGAACAAGGGAAUUGGUGAGUUCGGAGGUGAAGACUUGGUUGAUGUUUUCCUAAGAAUUAAAGAGAACGCUGAACUUCAAUUUCCAAUCACAAAUGACAACAUAAAAGCAGUGAUUUUCGACAUUUUUCUUGCUGGAAGUGAAACUUCAUCAACAGCUAUUAUUUGGGCAUUGUCAGAAAUGAUUAAGAACCCAAAUAUUAUGGCCAAGGCUCAAAGUGAAGUAAGACAAGUCUUUAAGGGAAAGAAAAAGUAUGAUGAAGAAGAUCUUGAAAAAUUGACAUACCUAAACUUAGUGAUUAAGGAGACACUAAGGCUACAUCCUUCGGUUUCUCUUCUACCACCAAGGGAAUGUAGGGAGCAAACAGAUAUUGAUGGAUACACUAUACCACUUAAGACAAGAAUAAUUGUCAAUGCAUGGGCACUUGGGAGAGAUCCUGAAAGUUGGCAUGAUCCUGAAAGUUUUAUACCAGAGAGAUUUAAGAACUCUUCUAUCAAAUUUACGGGAAAUCACUUUGAGUUUAUUCCAUUUGGUGCAGGAAGAAGGAUGUGUCCAGGAAUACAAUUUGGUUUAGUUAAUGUUGGACUUCCACUGGCCCAAUUGCUCCAACACUUUGAAUGGGAACUUCCACAUGAAACUAAUUCACAAGAUCUGGAUAUGACUGAAACACGUGGAUUAAGUGCAGCAAAACAGAAAGACUUAUAUUUAGUUGCCACAAAUUAUAAAAAUGAUGCAGAAUUUUAGUGUUUUCAUUGGAACGGUGAAAUGUCAGCAGGGCCUCUGCAAUUCCUCAUCUUGUUUUCGCUUUAUUUAUGUAUGUGUAUCCAUUUGUAUCUUCGAAGAACGCCAUAAAUAUUGUUGGAUAUUAAAAAAAAUUAAUUAAUAUUCUUAUAUUAUCUAGGAUGUAAUAUUUACUAGUUUAUUUAAUUCAUGUUUAAUUAGGAUUUACAGUCAAAAAUCAUAUAGGAAUAAGUUUUCUUAUUCUAGUCAAAUUUGAUUUGUAAUAUUAUAAAUAGCGGUGCUGCUACAUAUUUUCUAAGGUUGAGAGGUAGCUAUAUUGUAUAGAGAUUAAAGAGUUUAUGAGUGAAUAAAAAAGCCUCCUGUCA